AUGACAAAAUAUGAAAGAGCCAGGAUUUUAGGUACACGAGCAUUACAAAUCAGUAUGAAUGCACCUGUCUUAGUACCUUUAGAUGGUGAAUCAGAUCCAUUAGAAAUCGCUAUGAAAGAACUCAGUCAACGGAAGAUUCCAUUAAUCGUUCGAAGGUAUUUACCAGAUGGAAGUUAUGAAGAUUGGAGUGUUAGUGAAUUAAUUGCCGACUAA